AUGAGUUCUAUCCAGGUUGACCGAAUCAUGUCGGAGAGGCUGUUCCCGAAAACCAAGCCAACGGAAGAUGCUGUAGCAUUGUCCUUAAUCGAUGCAACAACAGUGGGAUUCUCGGCAUGUUCUGCGAUUUGGUUCUGUGACAAAUCUAACAGACAACAAGAUGGUUUCGACUUGACAGACCACUUUCGCCAAUCGCUUAAAUUCGCUCUUGACGCCUAUCCCCAAUGGACUGGUCAUCUUAAGAGCAUCGCUUCUCUGGUUUCGUCUGAAUUGCCAGUGGAGUCUGCGAAGUUUGCCCAGCAUGCACGUCGAUAUGGCCGAGUCUAUGUUCACUACGGCACAUCUACAGAUCCCGGUGUGGAGUUCGUCACUGCUCAGAGCACGGCUACCCUUGAGAUGUUAUGUCCAGCUUCAAGACCGGCAGAACAGCCGAUUUACAACCGCCAGGCUGUUCCCCUCAAUGAUCUGGUUCCCUCCGUUUUGAUCGCCAAUGCUGUGCGACCAAAGUCUGUCGAUGAAGCCGGUGUGCUUCUACCCCUGAUGGCCGUUCAGCUCACUCAAUUGGCUUGCGGUGGCUUUGCACUAUCAGCUAAAAUCAGCCACCCACUAGCCGACAUUUCAUCUCUAGUCCAUUUCGUCAAGGACUGGGCGGCCAUCAGUCGCUGGAUUCUUUCCGGCUCAACUGGACCUGCCCCGCUGCUGAAACCUAUCUUCGAGCCAGGCCAACUAGACUCUAUGGCUGCUCCAGAUAUCAAUGCGGAAUCUCCGAAUCCCAAAUUUCUCAAACAGGCCGCAGCCCUCCCUUUGCAUCGCUAUGACUGGUGGAUCUCAACAGCCGGGUGUCCCUGGGGAGCUACUAUCCCCGAGAAAUUCAACUCUCAGGAGAUUCAUCCGGUCGGCACCGCCAUGCCCUGGGCUGAAUGGGAUUCCAAAGCCCACGUCUCUCAUUAUGUGAUUCAUCUGACGUACGAACAAGUUGAGACAAUAUGGAAAGCCGCUAUCCAGGGAAGUCCGCACGAAAGCGGUGCUCUUCGAAUCAGCCGCCAUGAUACCAUCCUAGCGCAUAUCUGGUCCUGCAUUGCCCGAGCGCGUAACCAAAAUGAAGACUCGGGCCCAAUACACUGCGAUCUCACCCUCGGGCUACGACCCGCCCUUCACCUCGAAGAGCGCUUCGUGGGAUCUCCUAAUAUGAUGGUGAAUGUCGAAAUGUCUGGAACCCAGCUUGCAUCUCUCAAGAUCCCGGCAGACGAACGGACACGGGCGAUUUCUCAAAGCAUUCGCGGGACUAUUAACCAACUGACUCGGCCAGCUGCUAUUGCUGCGCACCUGCAUAGCGUGGCAUUUGAGACGUGUCCGCAGAGGAUUUGGCAGGCUUUCCUUGGGUCACGCCAUCUUCUUGUUACGAGCUGGGCUCGGGCGGGUGUUUAUGAAGUAGAUUUUGGACUGAGUGAGUCUAUGAUCCGCUAUGCUGAGGGGGUGAUAGCGGAUUUGGAUGGAUGUGUUCUUAUCAAGGAGGCGCCACCUACUCAGAAUAGAGACGGCUCGGAUGGAAGCUGGACUGAUAAUGGGGUUGAUGUGUCAAUUCACCUCCGCGAGGAGGAUAUGGAGCGGUUGAUAAAGGAUCCGCUACUUCUUCCGCAGUGA